GUAGAGCAAGUGAAAUUACUAGAUAGGUUCAGCACAAGCAAUAAGUCACUGACGGGAACUCUAUACCUUACAGCAACUCAUCUGUUAUUCAUAGAUUCAAGCCAGAGAGAAACGUGGAUACUACAUCAUCACAUUGCUGCCGUGGAAAAACUUCCCUUGACUACUUCUGGCUGCCCCCUUGUCAUCCAGUGCAAGAACUUCAGGAUAGUUCACUUUGUUGUUCCCAGAGAGAGAGAUUGUCAUGACAUUUAUAACUCUUUGCUUCAGCUGUCAAGAACAGCAAAAUAUGAAGAACUGUAUGCCUUCUCCUAUAAUCCGAAACAAAAUGAAUCUGAGCAAGUCAAAGGUUGGCAGCUCAUUGAUCUAGCAGAAGAAUAUAAGAGAAUGGGAGUGCCAAAUGCUAACUGGCAGUUGUCUGAUGCAAAUCGUGAUUAUAAGAUUUGUGAAACCUAUCCUAGAGAACUUUAUGUUCCCAGAACUGCAAGCAAGCCCAUAAUUGUUGGUAGCUCCAAGUUCAGAAGCAAAGGAAGAUUCCCAGUGUUGUCGUAUUAUCAUAAAAAUAAAGAGGCUGCAAUUUGCAGAUGCAGUCAACCUCUCUCAGGUUUCAGUGCCAGGUGCCUGGAAGAUGAACACAUGUUGCAAGCCAUCAGUAAAGCAAAUCCUUCAAAUCACUGCAUGUAUGUCAUGGACACCAGGCCAAAGCUUAACGCAAUGGCAAACAGAGCUGCUGGGAAGGGCUAUGAGAAUGAAGACAACUACUCUAACAUUAGGUUCCAGUUUGUUGGCAUUGAAAAUAUUCAUGUAAUGAGAUCCAGCUUACAAAAACUUCUGGAAGUCAGUGGCACAAAAGGUUUGUCUGUCAAUGACUUUUUGUCUGGUUUGGAGAAUUCUGGAUGGCUGCGUCACAUCAAAGCUGUGUUGGAUGCCGCUGUCUUCCUAGUCAAGGCAAUAGCAGUUGAGAGCGCGAGUGUGUUAGUGCACUGCUCAGAUGGCUGGGAUAGGACUUCCCAAGUUUGUUCUCUUGGAGCUCUCUUACUAGAUUCCUAUUAUAGAACAAUCAAAGGAUUCAUGGUCUUGAUAGAGAAAGACUGGAUCUCUUUUGGGCACAAGUUCUCUGACAGGUGUUGUCAGUUGGAUGGUGAUCCAAAAGAGAUCUCACCAGUGUUCACCCAAUUUUUAGAAAGUGUGUGGAAUCUGACCGAGCAGUUUCCACAAGCCUUUGAGUACAAUGAAGCUUUCCUCCUUCAGAUCCAUGAACAUGUCCAUUCAUGCCAGUUUGGUAACUUCCUUGGAAACUGCCAAAAAGAGCGAGAAGAACUAAAAUUAAAGCAGAAGACAUACUCCUUGUGGCCAUUCCUUUUGGAUGAACAAAAGAAAUACCGGAAUCCUCUGUAUAAUCCAGACUUUUCUCCAGAACUAACUCUUUUGGAGCCUAAUACAGUAUCAUUCAAUUUUAAGUUUUGGAGAAAUAUGUAUCAUCAAUUUGAUCGAAGUAUGCAUCCCAGGCAAUCUGUGUUCAAUCUUGUAAUGAACAUGAGUGAACAAAAUAAACAACUGGAGGAAGACAUUAAAGAACUGGAAGCUAAAAUAAAGCGGAGAAAUGGGCAGUCAGAUGCAGUCCUUGUGAAGGAACAUCAGCAGUCUGCGCAUCCUGCACCCAUGGCACUGAAGACCCCUCCGUGUUUCAAGAAGGAGCAGCCACUGAUCCCUGUGAAUGAUGCUGUGAGAACUAUAGAGGGCAGCAACACAGCAGACAAUCGCUACAGUGAAUUUGUGGCAGAGUUCUCAAAAGCUGAGCCUGCUGUUGUCAGCUUGGAGUACGGAGUGGCCAGGAUGACCUGCUAAUUAAAAUUUGGCACUGUGCUCCUCUUCUAGAUUGAUUGAAUUGAGGUGGAUUAUUUUGAGGAUGGGUCUGUGCUGCAUGACCAAAACAUGAUUUGUGUAUCGGCAAGUUUUGUUAACGUAGACUAGAACAGCAUGCUAGUUGUCAAGUGUUUUGCUGUUCUUUUAAGAAAAAAAAAGUGUAGUUGUGUUUUAAAAGAAA